AUGCAUCUAGCCGUCUUACUCGCUACAGGUGCUUUGCUCUCGGUCGGUGCCGACCUCGAUGAAGCGUACAGGCAACACAAGCAGAAGUAUCGAUUAAAUUUCAACAUUACUGAAGAUGCUUACAGGAAAGAAAUUUUUGCUGCGAGCUAUGCUCGCAUGAUCGAUAGUCAGAGCGGGAGUAUCACGAACUCGCUGUAUCAACUAGGGCUGACUGAGUUCGCCACGAUGACAGACGAGGAGUUCAAAAAAUUGAUGGUAUGCAACGACCAUAUCUCACGCAAGGUCGCGAGGAUCAUCGAUCCUGACUCUGAAGAGGGUAUCCGUCUCAAGAAAAAGUUGAGAGUCCUGGCGCCACCAAAAAGUGUAGAUUGGCGAGCUGCUGGUGCGGUCACUCCUGUUCGUAAACAAACUGGCUGUGGCUGCUGUUAUGCUAUGGCUACAACGGAGGCUACUGAGGGUAUCUUCCAGAUAAAGCAGAACAAGCUCAUCCAGUUGUCUGUUCAACAAAUCGUCGACUGCAGCGCAUCUUUCGGCAAUGAGGGUUGCAAAGGUGGCUUCCAGGUUAACAGUUACCAUUACAUUGAAGAGAGAGGAGUCGUGUCAGAAUCCGCCUACCCUUAUGUCGCGGCAGCUGGUACAUGCAAGACCACUACAACCAGGGAUGUACACAAGCAAUGCUUGGCACCUGGGGAUUUGAUUGGUUGGUGGCCGAUCAAGGAAGGAGAUCUCGAGGAGCUGUUGGAGGGUGUAGCUCAGCAGCCAGUAUCCGCAAUUCUCAACGCUUUUCCCGCGGACUUCAAGCAAUAUAAAGGAGGGAUCUACAAAUCCGACGCCUGCGACAAAUCCAAGUCAUCGCACAGCGUGUUGAUCACUGGUUAUGGGGAGGAUAAAGACGGCACCAAAUAUUGGGAGUUCAAGAACUCCUGGGGCACGGAUUGGGGGAUGCAGGGCUAUGGUAGACUGCUCCGUGGAAAAGGUGGCAAAGGUGAAUGUGGCAUCCUGAAGCAAGCUUACUAUCCCCUUUUGAAGGACGACCUCGAUCCUGGCGAGCUGUGUGUGUAG